AUGGCUUACCGCAGACUAAGCAAGUUAGAGCAAGAAGCAAACGCAUUUCCUCAGGAUGUUGCAAGACAGGCAGCUUUAUACAAGGAAUGGUUAAGAGCCAAUAAUCCUCAAGCAGUCAUUGCAAGAUUUGAACGUGGCAAUUUUGCUCAAAAUGAAGAAUGUUGGCAAUACUAUAUCGCAGCUUUAGCUCAAACAGGAAAAGCAGAUGCCAUAUGGACAAAGAUUUUGCAAAAGCUGGAAGAAGGUACGAAAAAUCUGACAGAAGGAGGAAAAAGCACGUUUGGAGGAGGUAUUCCCAAAGAAGUCAUUCAACAGGCAAUCGCAAGUCGGCAAGGUGGACGAGCUAUCGUGUCAGAGGGUGGUACGAUCGCAGCCGGAUCGGGGAACAAAGCAAACCCGAUCUAUGUUGUUGUCGAAGAGGCACGGAAAUUUAUGUUUUGGAAAGCCUUACGUUGGGUUGGCGUGACAUUGACGUACGCUUUUUGUAUCUUGACCAUCCUUUCGCUUGCUCUCGAAAACUCUGGGCUACUCAAACCAGCAACUACACAGGCCGAGUAUGAGCCUGUGACCCAUACGACUGUCAAGUUUGAGGAUGUACAGGGUGUAGAUGAAGCAAAGCAGGAGUUGGAAGAAAUUGUUGAAUUUUUGAAAAACCCUCAUCGAUUUACUGAAUUAGGAGGUAAACUCCCCAAGGGUGUCUUGCUCACAGGCCCACCAGGUACAGGUAAAACCAUGCUGGCGAGAGCUGUUGCUGGUGAAGCUGGUGUGCCAUUUUUCUUUAUGAGUGGAAGUGAAUUUGAUGAAAUGUACGUGGGAGUAGGCGCAAGAAGAGUGCGUGAACUAUUUGCCGCUGCAAGAGCAAAAGCACCUAGUAUCGUAUUUAUUGACGAAAUUGAUGCUAUUGGAUCAAAAAGAAACCCAAAGGAUCAAUCAUACAUGAAACAAACCUUGAAUCAACUGCUUGUAGAUCUCGAUGGAUUUUCUCAAACAGAAGGUGUUAUUUUCAUUGCUGCAACGAAUUUCCCCGAGCUUUUGGACAAGGCGCUUGUUAGACCUGGACGAUUUGAUCGACUUGUGAACGUGCCCCUGCCUGAUGUCCGUGGUCGAAUUGAGAUUCUGAAACAUCAUAUGAAAAAGAUUCAAGUGUCUGAAGAAGUCGACGUGAGCGUCAUUGCCAGAGGAACACCAGGAUUUAGUGGUGCUGACUUGGCUAAUCUUGUCAACUUGGCUGCUAUUCAAGCGAGUCGUGAAAAUUCAAAAAAGGUAACUUCACGCCAUUUGGAACACUCAAAAGAUAAGAUUAUCAUGGGGGCUGAACGUAGAUCAGCUGUUAUUACUGAAGAAAGCAAGAGGUUGACGGCCUAUCACGAAGGAGGCCAUGCAUUAGUAGCCUAUUAUACACCUGGGGCUAUGCCUUUACAUAAGGCGACCAUUAUGCCUAGAGGGGCUGCCUUAGGCAUGACUGUGCAAUUACCAGAAAUGGACAAGGAUUCGUUCACCAAACGAGAAUUUCUAGCACAAAUCGAUGUCUGCAUGGGUGGCAGAGUGGCAGAGGAACUAGUGUUUGGAGAAGAUAAUGUGACAAGUGGAGCCCAUAGUGAUAUUGUAAAAGCAACGGAUGUAGCUAAACGUAUGGUUCGGUAUUAUGGCAUGAGUGAUAAAUUGGGAGCCAUUAGCUUUGACAAUGAUGACAUGCAGCUAUUGAGUGCACAAACAAAGCAGUUGAUAGAAUCAGAAAUUUCCAGCCUGAUUGAAGGAUCACAGAGCAGGGCCAAGCAGAUCUUGACGGAGCAUCGUGAAGAAUUAGAUAGACUAGCCAAUGCGCUUGUCGAAUACGAGACUUUGGAUGCACAGGAAAUUAUAGAUGUGCUAACUGGUAAACCCAUUUCAAGACCUGCAGUAUAA